AUGGCACCGAACUUUAGUAAAAUUACUUCGAGGACAGAUGUGAAAAUUGCAAUAGCUGCUACUGCUGCAAUAAGUGCAUGGUAUAUAAAAAAUUCCAUAGAGUCAAGUAAACCUAAACAUGCAAGACCUGGUUACAUUUCUCCUGAAGAAAGAGUGCAGUACAUGAUAAAAGACAAAGACAAAAAGAGCCCAAAAGCACAAGUGGAUGCAAGAUUCUUUGCAGAAUUGAUAGCAUUAUGGAAGAUAAUGGUUCCUGGACUGUGGUCAAAAGAGAGUGGAUUUAUGAUGUUAAUUGCAUUGUCUCUAGUAUCCCGGACAAUGUGUGAUUUGUGGUUAAUCCAGCACACAACAUUAGUAGAAGGGUCCAUCAUCGCAAUGAAUCAAAAGGAGUUCAGGCGGCUGCUGAUUCAGUUUUUUCUAGCUAUGCCAUUGAUAUCGGUGGUCAACAACGUUCUGAAAUGGAGCAUAGGCGAAGUGAAAUUGAGGCUAAGGACGAACCUCUCCCUUCAUCUUUACCAGAAGUAUCUGAAGGGCUUCACGUACUACCAAGUGACCAACCUCGACAACAGGAUAUCGAACGCCGACCAGCUACUCACCACGGACAUAGACAAGUUCUGCGACACCGUGAUCGACCUCUACAGCAACAUCAGCAAACCUCUGCUCGACAUUAGUCUGUACUUGUACAGGCUAACGGUCAACCUGGGACCUUCGACUCCCGGUAUAAUGAUGGCGUAUCUUUUCGUGUCGGGCAUGUUUUUGACCUACCUGAGGAGACCAACCGCCCGCAUGACGGUGCAGGAGCAAAAACUGGAGGGAGAAUUCAGAUACGUGAAUUCGAGGCUCAUCACUAACUCGGAAGAGAUCGCUUUCUACCAGGGCAACCAUCGCGAGCAGCUGACCAUCCUAGCCAGCUUCUACAAGCUGACGCGCCACCUGCGCAACUUCCUCAACUUCCGCGUCUGCAUGGGCUUCAUUGACAACAUCAUCGCCAAGUACAUUGCUAUAACGGUCGGUUUCUACGCCGUGUCGCGACCGUUCUUCGUCAAGGACCAUAACCUGCUCGCAAACAGCACGGAGAAUGAGCGAUUUAAGCACUACUACACAUACGGGCGGAUGCUGGUGAAAAUGGCGGAGGGCAUCGGGCGGCUGGUGCUCUCCGGGCGCGAGCUGAGCAAGCUAGCCGGCCUCACCGCCAGGGUCACGCAGCUGAGGCGCGUGCUGGACGAGGUCAACGGCGGCCGCUACCAGCGCACCAUGCUGGACCCAGGCCCAGAGAGCGCCCUGGCCCCUGGCGCCGGCAGGAUAGUGUACCAGGACAAGGUGAUCCGCUUCGACAAGGUGCCGCUGGUGACGCCCAACGGGGACGUCCUCAUCAAGGAGCUCACCUUCGAAGUCAAGUCGGGCACGAACGUGCUGGUGUGCGGGCCGAACGGGUGCGGCAAGUCGUCCAUGUUCCGGAUGCUCGGCGAGCUGUGGCCCAUCUUCGGCGGGCAGCUCACCAAGCCGCCCAAGGGCAAGCUGUUCUACGUGCCGCAGCGGCCCUACAUGACCCUGGGCACCUUCAGGGACCAGGUGAUCUACCCGCAAACCCGCGAGGAGAUGGUCCGUCGCGGGCGCACCGACGCGGAGCUGGCGCGGUUCCUGGAGAUAGUGCAGCUCUCGUACCUCGCCAACCGCGAGGACGGUUGGGACGCCAUCGAGGACUGGAUGGACGUCCUCUCCGGCGGGGAGAAGCAGCGGAUAGCGAUGGCGCGGCUGUUCUACCACGAGCCGCAGUUCGCGAUCCUGGACGAGUGCACCAGCGCCGUGUCGGUGGACGUGGAGGGGGACAUGUACCAGUACUGCCGCCAGAUGGGCAUAUCGUUGUUCACGGUGUCGCACCGCAAAUCGCUGUGGAAGCAUCACGACCACUACUUGCAGAUGGACGGCCGAGGGGGCUACGUAUUCGGGAAAAUCGACGGUGAAACCCAGGAGUUUGGUUCG